AUGUUUAACACUGGAUUGAUUUCUACUGCCGCUGCAGCUUUGUUGUGUGCUUUGCCCGCAGUUCAUGCUGGAUUGUACCCAAAGAGUUCGGCUGUUUUGUCAAUUGAUGGAAAAGAUUAUGAUCGUUUGAUCGCUCAAUCUAACUAUACUUCCAUUGUCGAAUUCUAUGCUCCAUGGUGUGGACAUUGCAAAACCCUUCAACCUGCCUACGAAAAAGCUGCCAAGAACCUCGCUGGUCUCGUGAAAGUGGCAGCAGUUAAUUGCGAUGAAGAGUCGAAUAAAGCUUUCUGUGGAGGAUUUGGUGUCCAAGGAUUCCCUACUCUCAAAAUCGUUAAGCCUGGAAGCAAAUCCGGAAAACCAGUCGUUGAAGACUACAAUGGACCACGAACUGCAAAGGGAAUCGUUGAUGCGAUGGUCGACAAAAUACCAAAUCUUGUCAAAAAAGUUACGGAUAAGGAUUUGGAGAGUUUCUUGGCUGAUGCGAAUGACACUGCAAAGGCAAUUCUAUUCACCGACAAAGGAAAGACGAGCGCCAUUCUAAAGGCUAUCGCCAUUGAUUUUAAAGGCAGCAUUAAGGUGGCACAGAUUAGAAAUACAGAGAAAGCAUCCGUAGAGUUGUUUGGAGUAACUGAAUUUCCUACAGUUAUUUUAUUACCUGGUGGUGAAGCAGCCGAAGGAAUUGUCUAUGAUGGAGAGUUGAAAAAGGAUGGCAUGGUCAAAUUCCUUACACAAGCUGCCGAACCCAAUCUAGACCCACCAGCCGCAAAAGCGAAGACUUCUAAAUCCAAAACAAACAAGAAGUCUUCCUCGAAAGCGAAAGAAUCUUUCAAGUCCGCAUCAGCAUCUCAAGUCAAACCCGAGAAGCAUGUCACUCAAACAGACGAAACGCUAGAAAACCAACCCACCGAAUCACCAUCACCAGAGGUCGAAACAGAGAAACCAAUCGUUCUUCCACCAGCCCCAGCAAUUCCCGUUCUUACGACUGAAGCCGAUCUCAAAACGAUUUGUCUUGGUCCCAAAACUGGUACAUGUAUUCUUGCAUUUCUUCCAGAUACCUCGAGUGAAAUCACAAAUUCGGCUUCUAAUUCCUUGGCUGAAAUCUCUCAUAAGCAUCAUUUACAUCAACGAAAGCUAUUCCCUUUCUAUAUCCUUCAUGCCGAAAACCCUGGAUUCUCUAAGAUUAAAGAAGCGUUAGGUUUGAAAGGUGAUGUCGAGAUUAUUGCUCUCAAUGGACGCCGAAAUUGGUAUCGAACUCUUCCUAGCAAGGGAGAGUCUGUAUUGGCUGAAGAUUUGACUAUUGAAGCGAUUGAGAAUUGGGUUGAUAGUAUCAGGUUAGGUGAAGGUGAGAAGAAGAAGAUUCCGGCGAGUCUCAUUCCCGAUGAGGAUGAGGUUGAGGAACCCAUUGUGGAUGCGGCAGCCACGGAGCCAGAACCAAAGGCUUCAGAGGAGCCUAUGAUAAUCAUUGAGGGGGUUGAGGAAGGUUGGGAACCACCAACUUCAGAGCCUGAAAUCAAACAUGAGGAACUGUAA